UGCGAAUGGAAUAAAGACCAUAGAUUUUAUCCCGCGACUGUUUUCUCCGCGCGCCGCCGGGAACAGUGAGUUGUACUUGGCAGUCGGCACUAAUCCUGGGGUCUCGAAUCAGCUUCCUCUGUACGGUUAUUUGUUUACUUAAAACCCUACAAACCUAGAGACUCACGCCUCUUGUUUUUUAUUCACCUCAUUUGACUAUUAGGCCUGUUUCUUGUCUGCUAGAAACAGAGACAUAGCAUAAAUAAUAUCAGGAGCCCAUAUACUCCUGAUGAUUCAGAUGAUUUUUAUUUUCUGUGGCCAAAUAAAGGAGAGACAAAAGAAGAUUCCAGCGAGAAGAUGUUCUGCAGCUCCAGGAAUUCAUGAAACAAAUUCCUCUGUUUUUUUCGGAAAAUUCUCGAGAGCGCGGAUAAAUAUAACAUGGAGAUUUUCAUUUUCAAGAAAUUGUUCCUUCUUCAGUAUUUAGUGAUAUUUGUUUUGGGAAUCUUAAAUUGGAAUGGAUUUAAAGUCGAAGGAUUAACUACUUAUUCAGAUUUUAGUACUCUACUGUCGGCCGUGAAGUAUUCCAAAAUUCGUCUUCAUCACUAUGACUGGAGAUAUAUUAGAGUUGAGCUUCCUAAUGGGUUUUCAUCUCUAUCCAUGACGCUCACAACAGAUUGGGUAUCCGGAAAGCGAGAUUUGUUUGACUUGUCAAAUGAUACUAUUCCAUUAGUGUGCAUACGUUAUGGAGGACCACCUCUUGCAGAAUCAGCAGUAAAAUCAGAAUCAUCUACAGCUCUUUUUGAUGGAUAUGUGCAUAAUAUGUCAAAUAUGGGACAAUGCACCUCAUUUCAGGAAAGCAUGAGAGUCAACUUGACAGAAGAACAGGUUUUUUCAAGAAUUCUUUACUUGGGAUUCUUCAAUGGCGUUGGUCCCAUACGCACUCAAUCAAAAAUGAUCAAUCGAGGUUCAACUUACACUGUUGAUAUUGAAUUAGUUAUUCUUGGAUGCAGGAGCUCAUUUUUGGGUGGACCAUACUGCAAUAAUACAAUCAAUUCUCUUACUUGCCCUCAGGUUGGUCUCUAUAAUCAUCCAAGGCGUUUACAUGAAAAUCCUCUAAGUGGAAAGAAACAUUGGAAGACUGGAGAUCUCUAUCCUCUAGGAAAAAGUCCUGCCCAACAAUUAGGGCGCACAGAAGGAAGUUGCUUAUUUAACUGCAGUAAAAGUAUUGAUGGAAAAAGGAAUAAAGGAAUAUCUGAUUCUAAUGGUAGAGGUCAAAUUGAGAAGAAAGAAAAUUUGUCAGAAUCUGCAGAACAUGAACUAAUAUGUUCCAACUCUCAAGGAAAAGAAUGCAUAAAAAAUGGGGAAUGGAAGUUUUUUGCUUUAGAAGUUGUAGAUAUUAGUUCCUUGUUGGAACUUAUGGUUGAAUAUGAGAAUUUUAAUAGCUCAAAUGAUAACGCAAAGCAGACUGAGGUAGAAGCAACAAUUUAUGUCAGAUACAAUUCAUUACCUCAAAAAGCAUUAUAUGAAUACUCAUUACCUGUAAGACAAUCUUCUUUAUCUAUUCUGUUCCCAAAGCUGGGUUGGUGGUAUGUUGGUGCUUAUUUUUCAAACACAUCAAAACAGUCUGGAACACAAGAUCAGGAGAAGGAAAAGGAAACACUGUGCUUUGUGUUGAAGUGGAGGAUAUACGCCUGCAGCCUUGGAAAGGCUGGUGAUGGUUGCAGAUGGGAAGUUAAUACUCUUAAGAGAGUUAAACGGGUGGGAGAAAAUGUUCAUUUGGAAUCUCAUUAUCUGCCAAUCAAUCAAGAGGAAUCUACCAAGUCUGACAGUUUCCCUAUUGAAACAUUUUUCAAUAACUCUUCCACAGUCGAAGCCGGUCAAGAUGUUUGGACAUUUUUGCUUUUUGAAGUGCCUCAUGGUGCUGCUGGAGGAGUCAUGUCUAUUGAGCUCAGAUCAAAUUCUAUAAUAUCUUUUGACAUAUAUGCAAGAUUUGGAAGCUUGCCGACUCUUCAUGUUUGGGAUUACCAUGCAAAUGUUACUCAUUCUGCAGAAAGCUCAAUAAAUACUACCUCAAAGGAUGCAAAUAAGCAGACAAAGAUGCAUUUGAUUAUUAUCUACCCACAUGAGGGCAUUUGGUGCUUAGGAUUAAGGCGCUCCUCAGGCCAUAAUCUCAAUGUGGAUAAUCAGCAAGUUACAAUGUCUGUCUCAUUGCAGGGCUGUCCAAAUCAUUGUUCCAAACAUGGGACUUGCCAGCAUAAGUAUGAAGAAAGUGGUCUGACUUCAUUCAGCUUUUGUUAUUGUGACCGAACUCAUGGAGGUUUUGAUUGUUCAAAAGAGCUCAUCUCUCCUAAAGGUAAAAUGUGGCAAUCAGCAACACUUGUUGUGUCAAACAUAGCAGCCAUCUUACCUGCAUUGUGGUCUAUUCAUCACAAGGCAUAUUCUGAAUGGAUACUGUACACUACAAGUGGAAUAUCAAGUGCACUAUAUCAUUCAUGCGAUUCUGGGAGUUGGUGUGCUUUGUCAUUCCACGUUUUGCAGGAAGGAUGCUCACUCUUGUGGUACCUCAAUGGCCACAAAUUGCCACACCUCCAAGUUCUUGCAAUCAAAAUUUUAUCACAAUUUAUGGACUUUUGGCUAUCGUUUAUGGCUGUUGUGGCUACCUUCAUUUACAUGGCUUCAAUGGAUGACAAAACAAAGGUUGCAGUUCACACAAGUACUGCCAUUAUCACAGCCCUUAUUGCAGUGAAUGGUCCCACCAGGUCAAUCAACAUUAUUCUUAUUGUAAUUAUUGGCACACUUGGUCUUCUUUUCGGCUGGAUAGUAGAGUUUUGCAGAUCAGAUCAGAUUGCCAUUAGUCAUUCUUUUCACCAUUCAACUAUUCGUGAGAGAUGGCAAACGCUUAGAACAGAAGCAAAGAAACUCUUACAAAAACUUGUCAAAAGAUUUCGAUGGCGCUUUAUAUGCAUGGGAUUUCUGGCAUUGGGAGCAUCAGGCCUGAGUUGGCACUUUGAAAAUGUUCAAACGUACUGGUUUUGGCACAGUUUAUGGCAUGUGAGUAUCUAUACAUCAUCCUUCUUUUUCUUGUGCUCAAGUUUCCCUGCAAGGGAAACUUAUGAGCAAAUCUCCAGCGACAUCUCAAACACUCCAAACCUUAAUGAUACAGAAGAAACGGGAUUGGCUAAUCCAGGCGCUUAAACAUCUUCCAUGGCAAUUAUGCAAAUUUUGUAUUUUAGAAAAUACCUCUACAUUGUAACUUUCUUUUAGGUUACAUUUAGGUAAAUGUUCCUGGGAGAAAUCAUGAUAUAGUAUGCAAUUUCUUCAUCUGCUAUAUUUUUUUCAGCUUUGAGGAAAAAUAUGGUUAGUAUCAGCACCAAAGUUCUGGUUGUAUUUUUUAAUAGCCUUCCCAAUUCUACGUGCGGAACAGCCAAAAUGGGCAAUCAAAUCGAAAGGGACAGUAUUUUGGCUGAAAAGAUUUUCUGAAAGCUUCACAGAUUUGUAGAAAUGAAAUUAAAUCAAAUGAUUCUAAUUACAUUGCAAAACCCAAUGGUGGGACAGCCAUCUCAAUCACCAAAAGGGGUUGGAAUUUAGGACA